AUGCUGGGCACCGACGCGAGUAAGGCCAUCGCAUCGCUGGGCUGGAUCGUACUCGUCAGUGGCCAGUCCGUGGUACUGCAUUCACGGCUGCACUUGGUAUUGAACAACUUGAGAAUACGGCGCGCUGUGCUAUGGAUGAUUGUGAUCAACGGCACGAUAUGGCACACGACACAGACAGCACUGCUAUUCACUGCUGGACCGAGCGUUAAUGGCAGCAAUCCCACGCCCAUAUUCGUCGCCAUCGAGAAAACUCAAGUGACUUUCUUUUGCGCACAAGAGUUUGUCAUCUCGGGCCUGUACCUUUGGGCUACCAUCGAUAUCAUACAGACAUCACUAGGUAAUAAGCAAAAGACGAUGUGGUAUCUCCUGAUCAUCAACCUCCUCAUCGUAGCCAUGGACAUAGCUCUUCUCAUCAUCAUGUACAAGAACCACUAUACGAUCGAAAAAGGCGUCAAGCUCGUCAUAUACUCCAUCAAACUCAAGCUUGAGUUCGCUGUCCUUGGAAAACUAGUCGAUGUCGCGCAGAGCCGCGGAGGAUCGAGUGUUUCCGAAACACAUCCAGCUCGCUUCAUCGAGAUGCACCCUCGGGAACAUGGAAGAAGCGACAGCCUCCCUGAAAUAGUACACCUUGAGAGCACGGCUGCACGGAGGAUGGCCGAUGAUGAGGAGAGCAUGUGCCAUCUUUAUGACGAUGCGAUCAAGCAGAUAUACAAAGGCUGA